CCUACUUUAUCAAUUUUACCUUUUAUUGACCACAUGGGUAACAAUAUAUUAUUGACCAAAUAAAUAAUUCUCAAAACCGCAAAGGCAGGAAACCAUUUUCUCUCUCUUCUCUCACCUGCAUGCGCACGUUAGUGGUGAGUACUAACAUACGCCAUCGCCGGAAUGCCUAGAAAGGGGAAUCAGAGAACAACGAACAAGGAGACAAUGACGGAACUGACGGAACGACUUACUGAGGAUAGAGAUCUAGGGUUGGGAUCUGGAAAAGUGCGAUCAAUGACGGAAAUUUUGAGCAAAACACCGAGACCGGAGAUGAUUAUCGGAGAAAUCAAUACACCGACCAACCGGCCGGUAUUACGGGAGAUGAAUGCAAAUGUGACGCCAGUAGUGCUACAACAGAAGGCAAAGACCAUACCUAGGUCACAAGGGGAAAACAUGCAAGCUACUAUUCGAUUGGAGAAUUCAAUCUCUCCGAACACUGGAACACAACAGGGUAGUAUAAGUCCAAUAGCUAAAGGAAGUGAAGUGAUUGAAGUAAAAACUAAUGAAAAGGCACCUAUUCUGGCGGAACAACAGACAGAAAAGGCAAAUACUGGAAAAGAGAAUAAAAAUUGGGCGAACCUGUUUGAAGGGAAUAGAAUGGCUGCAAAAGGUUUAAAGGUUAGGACUUUCAGCAAGGGAUACCACAUUUAAGGAGUGAUCAUAUUUAAAGCUCAAAGGAAUGAAGUUCAAAUUAAUGGAAAA